AUGCCUCGCCCUUAAACAAUUUGCUAGGCGCACGCAGCACAAAGUGCGCAUAUUAGCCACCCUCAUCGCAUCGUGAACCUAUUUGGAGCUUUUGUUGAUCCUUCAAUGGCCGCACCACCGGCAAGGGCUAGAGCAGACUAUGAUUAUCUCAUAAAGCUUCUUUUGAUCGGCGAUAGUGGGGUUGGUAAGAGUUGUCUUCUUUUACGUUUCUCUGAUGGUUCCUUCACCACAAGCUUCAUCACAACUAUCGGAAUUGAUUUUAAAAUUCGAACCAUUGAGCUUGAUGGAAAAAGAAUCAAGCUUCAGAUAUGGGAUACAGCUGGUCAGGAACGUUUUCGGACCAUCACUACUGCUUACUAUCGUGGAGCCAUGGGUAUAUUGUUGGUGUAUGAUGUUACUGACGAAUCCUCCUUUAACAACAUUAGGAACUGGAUUCGUAACAUUGAGCAGCAUGCCUCAGACAAUGUCAACAAAAUACUUGUAGGGAACAAGGCUGACAUGGAUGAAAGCAAGAGGGCUGUCCCUACGGCAAAGGGUCAAGCACUUGCAGAUGAGUAUGGAAUUAAGUUUUUUGAAACUAGUGCAAAGACAAAUCUUAACGUGGAGCAAGUUUUCUUCUCAAUAGCAAGAGAUAUAAAACAAAGGCUUGCAGACACAGACUCCAAGGCCGAGCCGUCAACGCUCAAGAUUAAUCAACCAGAAGCAGGAGCUGGAGGUGGUCAAGCUGCCCAGAAAUCAGCUUGUUGUGGUUCAUAAAAAUGGUUAGAAUAUGAGCUCAAAAGCUAAAGUUGGAGGGCGGUAGCUUUGUAAUAUCUUUCUUUAUUGGUCAUUCUUUUGAAAUUUUAACGUGUGAAAGAUAGGUUUGAGUAUUAUUUGUUGCUAACACCUUUCCAGUUUCCUUCUUCAUUAGCUUUCAAGGACCUGUAACCUAGCUGUUUGUUUAUGUGUACAACUUUUAUUAUGGCAUGGGUACCUCAAACUUGAUACUACUAA